AAAAACGGAAGUAUGAUGAUUAUCCCGGAUGUGACGUUGGCGCCGCUGUCCUGCGGGAGAGGGAAAGGAGCCUUCCAGGCAAAGCUGAGGGAUGUAGUUAACAACGUUUCAUUCAACGCUGCUCCUGGGGCAUUUUGCCAAAGCAUGGACUGUCAACACAGAAACAUGGCUGCCUCAGCAACGGGAAUGACGAGUAACAGAGAUAACGCCACUACAAACAGUCAGAAAUGUCAUGAAGAGUCUCUGUCGCAUUCAGGGGAAAUAAUAAAACCUACCAUCAUGGAACUGACCAAAGAAGUGAGGACGAACAUCCUCUGCACCGUGGAAGGAUGUGGCAAGAUUCUCCCCAACACACCUGCACUAAACAUGCAUCUCGUUAAGUCACACAGAAUAAAGGAUGGUAUCGUCAAUCCCACGGUCAGAAAGAACAUGAAGGGCUCUCAGAAGCUUUACUGCUGUCCCAUAGAGGGUUGUCCCAGGGGGCCUAACAGACCCUUCUCCCAGUUCUCAUUGGUUAAACAACAUUUUAUGAAGAUGCAUGCAGAGAAGAAACACAAGUGCUCAAAAUGCAGUAAUGGCUACAGCACAGAGUGGGACCUAAAGAGACACAUAGAGGACUGUGGGAAAACCUACCACUGUACAUGUGGCUGCCCUUAUGCUAGCAGAGCUGCUUUGCUGUCACAUAUCUACAGGACAGGACAUGAGAUUCCUACAGAACACAGAGUUCCUCCAGUUAAAAAGCGAAAGAUGGAGAAACUGUUAAGAGGUUCUGAAAAGGUUAAGACUAAUGAAUCAACCUGUCAGAUCAUGCCUGGUGGUAAAGAUCUGACAGAUAAUGCUUUCCCUUCUCAUACAACUGUUUGUAUCCCAGACUCAGUGAAUCAGAACUCCAGUCCCCAUAAGAGCCUCCAGAAAUUGCUCCUACCAAAGCCCAAGAUAGCUUUGGUCAGUGUUCCUGUGAUGCAGCUUGCCCACCUGCCUGUCCUCUUUCCAUCCACAGAAAGUGGGGCUCUGAGGUCUGUAGUGCUGGCAGUAGACAGCCAAGGCUCUGUCAGCACCCUUCACCUCCUGCCACAAGCCACAGGUGCAGUGGUACCCCAACUUGAUGCUAAGGGUUUAGGUUCCAAUGAAAGCAUGCCUGCUUCCCGCUCUAGCCUGGGGCCCAUUAGCACAAGGGUCCAGGUCAUUCUGGAUCCUGCUGGUGCAGAGGACUCACCCAGCAGCCUGGUAGGACAACGGGGAAGAAGCGCCUCCACCAACAUUCAGACAGACAAAUCAUAUUUGUCAAAAAUGCCCACACAGCUGGGGAUUGGAGAGGGAAUAGGUUUAUGUCCUGUGAGUGUGUCAUCCUGCUCCCAAACAGACAUCAGUGUGAGUGCCCAAGUCCUCCUGCCGGUCAGUGUUGAAACCCAGACAUUUUCCUCCCGAGUGAAAGCCACAUCCUCUAUUGGAGCUCAGACAGACAGCCAAUGCCUGAGCCAUAUUCUUUGCUCCUCCUCAUCUGUGCCCCCAUACAGAACCAGGCAGACACAGACAUACUUUGCCAUGCCACAAUCAGAGGAGAAGGCUCAGGACCAGGUUAUCAUGUGCUCUGACCUAUUUGGCAGUGACUCCUUGAGUGUCUCCACUCAGACAGCUCUGGACAUAGAUGACACACUCACUGCUGCAGGAAGCAUGUAUGAGGACUCAAAGUCAGCAGGCGGUAUGUGUUUUGGUGUGCAGACAGAUGAGCUCAACUCAAACAACAUGGCAGACAACCAGACCCAAACAAUGACCUUGCUAAAUGACUUGGAAAACAUUCUAUCUGACAGUAUGUCAGGCCACCAGGUGCUCACUGAGACCUCUGUAGGCUGUGGCACAGGUCUAGGCUCUGUUCAGGAGCAACAUAAUGGUAUAGACUUUGAUUUUGAAGAGUUCCUCAAUGCUGUGCACAUCCAGACACAGACCGAAGAGAGUGAGCUGGGAGGACUGGACAGUGAGACUCCACUGGAGUCUCUGGACAUCCAGACCCAGACAGACUUCCUCUUGAUGGAUGAAUUGGAACAAAGUGAGGGACCAAGUCGAUCCCAUGCCAGUGACCUGGAGCUAUUUGACACUCAAACUCAGACUGACCUCAAUUUCCUGUUGAACGCUGGAAGUCACAUGCCCCUGAGCAGCAUCCUGCGACAUUCCAGCUUUUCUAUGAGCACUGAGUCCUCAGAUACAGAAACACAGACAGAUCUCCCAUCAUUUGCCACAGGCCUUUCUUCUCAAACCCCUGUCACUCAGGGGGAGCACACAAGGCUGCUAAACAGCACAGAGACUCAAACUGUGACCAGCCAGGCAGAAGGCCUGGGACACCUCUUCCUGACCAGCAAUGAAACACAAACUGUCAUGGAUGACUUCUUGUCAGCAGACCUUGCAUGGAAUAUGGAUUCCCAUUUCAGCUCAGUGGAAACCCAGACAUGUGCGGAGCUUUUUCAGUGCGCUUUUUCAGCACCCUGAAAAACCCCACAGCUGGAGCCCUCUCAACGAAGCUGCCUGUUCAUUUGCAUUACAGGUUUCUGAUAUCUGCCUCCUCCUAUAAGGAAUCGGUCUAUGCCGUCCUCCGGAAGACCAUAGUCUUAUCAGUAAGAAAUCUGCGAAUAUGUCUGAACAUUCCACUUGAGGCACCAUGUGUAGAGCCUUUGCAGGUACAUAAUGUAUCCUGACUGCUCCGCUGCACUUUAUUAGCUCAGUGGGCAUUGUUUAGCUCCUCUGACUGUUUACAUAUUUAUUUGCACACAAAUUAACAUAUUGUAUAUGUGUCUUGUCUGAAAUGCCAGCUUACUUCUAUAUUUCAGUGUAUAAUCACUGUGACUGGUUUCCACUUUUUGGUCUUACUAGUAGUUUAAAAAUGACCCAACAUUUUAUCAAUAGUAGAUGUGCACUUAUGAGCAAUGAUAGCUUUGGCUGUGCGUGGCUGUCAGGAAAGGGCUUGUAAAAUUGCUAAGCUGUAUAACGGCUUUCAGCUAUGCACAUUCUGCAUGAAAACUGUCAUCUCAGCUUUACAGUGUACAAUAUUGAACAUUUAGUUUAUGCUUGAAAUGUGUGUGAAGCUUCGGUCAGCAGCAUAGAAACAUCUCAGCUUGUGCAUCUUAUGGCUGCCUCUUUAAUGUUGCCUCAUGAGCAACAGCAAGAUGAUAAACUCUGGUUUAGAUCUUACCAGCUUUGCAGCUGAUGGGAAAGCUUGACCAGUGGGUAUCAGUUUUGUGUUUUCUAAAAUAAAAUCCUGUAAAGCCUUCAACAGUGAGCACGACAUUGCUCAGAGCUGUUAAGAUGUAUCUCUGAAACCGUUACUCAUGCAGAUGUGGCAGAAGUCCAGUAUAAAUGAAAUGCUUGUCUUAUGAUUGGUUGCACGUCUUUAUUUGAAAUGUUAUUGUGAAUUAAGAUGUUAACAUUUUUUGUGUGAUGGUCUCUAUCGCUAAGCAGUAAGUUCAAGUCAGUAAGCAGACUAAGCUGUUAUUGUCCGAUUUAUUCAUCAGCUGAGUGUAUACAGUGGCAGUACUCUAUGCUGUUCUAGUAAUGUUACUCUGCUGAAACACACAAGGAGUAGAGCUAGGAUUAGAACAGAGUUAAUGUAUGUAUUUGCCACCUGAUUUUGACAACAAGGUAUUGUGUUGAAUAUCUUCUUUUAAAAUCAUCAGUUUUCACUUUUAAAUUUGGGUAUAGUAUUUCAUGUUUUUCUCAUUCCCAAAGGACUGAACUUCAUAUUUUAAUUCAGUUUUUUCUUAUAAUGUUGCACUGAGUUACCUCAUUAAGCACAGGCAUGGCAUAUACAGUCUGUUUUGUUGUUUGUUUGUUUUGUUUUUUUAAGUUGGCGCCUUAACUGAAGUAUUAAUUUUAGUUUUGUUACACAUAAUUUGCUGCUCUGAGAAAAUAUUUAUCAGACUUCUUCUGGAAAAUGAUAUUGACAAGAAAAGAACUCUUUCAGUCUUUACUUUGUAUCUUUAAUUCAUUCUGUAUUUGUACUGUAUUUUCAUUAUGGUCGCAAAGAUUUAUGUUGUCACUUGAAAAUAAUGCUAUGCAGCAGUUUAAAAGAUUUGCUUGCCGCCAUCCCACUAUUUUUAUGGACAGGGGGUUACAGCUGUUAAAGGUUUUUUAGAAACUGAAGAAUGUCCAGAACAUGACACUGUGCCCAAGUUUAACAUGCUCAAUUUUUUUGCAGCCAUGUCCAGUUUAAGGAUAAUUUCCUUGUAUAAUAAGGAUUUUUACACAUAUUAAAUUUCAACAUUUCUUGAUUUGAGAUCAGUACUUCUAGUUUGCAGUUCAGUUACAUCAUAGCUGCUCCCUGCUUGUCUAGUUUCAGGGAAAAUGGCUUGCUUAAAACAGAACAGUGUGUAGCAGCCUUGGCAGUUGCACUUCCACUGGAAGUGCCAGUUACAGUGCUUUAUUUCUUCUGUGUAGGGAGUGCAUGCAGAUCUUUUUCCAGCACAAAAUAUUUGUUGUAGCUCAAUUUGAGUUUCUUCUGCCUAUGUAUGUAGAGUUAAUGGUUGCCUUGAUUAAUUGUUGAAGCUACACUACAAAUGGUCUUAAUAAACUGCUGGAGAGUAUAUGUUGUGUUGUCUGUUAUUAGAGAACAAAGGAGGA